CCUGAGUCACCGGGGUCUGUCUCUAUCACGAGAGCAAAGGUUGUUUAAAAAGAGACGGAAACAGCCGUAGGACACACCCAUCUUUACCCAACUCUUUUCCCCUGUCCGCUUCUCCGAUGCACUUCUCUUCCUCGAUCUAACUGCCAACCAGAUAAGUUCUGAAGAUGAGUUACCCAGGAUACCCACCACAAACUGGUGGAUACCCACCGCAGGGAGGAGGCUACCCACCACAGGGAGGAGGCUACCCACCGCAGGGAGGAGGCUACCCACCCCAAGGGGGAGGCUACCCACCCCAACCAGGUGCAUACCCUCCAGCAGCAGGCGGCUAUCCUCCAGCACCAGGAGCCUACCCUCCAGGAGCUGGUAGCUACCCUCCACAGGGGGGUGGAUACCCACCUCAGGCUGGAUACCCACCUGCUGCAGGGGGCUUUCCCCAACCUGGAGGGUUCCCUGCUCAAGCUGGAGGCUUUCCUCAGGCAGGUGGCUACCCUGCACAACCAGGUCAGGGAGGAUAUCCCUCCAUGCCUCCAGCAGGCGGAGGCUGGGGUGCAGCACCAGGUGGCUAUGGGGCGCCAGGAGGGGCUCCGCAGGGAUAUCCAGGGGGCCCUACCCCAAACCAGCCAAUGCCAAAUUACCCUGGAGCCCCUAGCAGUGGCCCCUCGAUGCCUGGAUACGGGGGCGGUGUUCCCUCCAACCCUCAGGCACCAGCGAUUCCUAAAGGAUACAGGGGUAGCAUCAAAGAUUUUCCUGGAGCUGAUCCACUGAAGGAUGUUGAAGUACUCCGGAAAGCAAUGAAGGGUUUUGGAACUGAUGAAAAGGCCAUAAUUGAGCUUCUGGGAAGUCGCUCCAAUAAGCAGAGAGUUGCAUUGAUAUCAGCCUACAAGACUACAUAUGGAAAGGAUUUGAUUAAAGAUCUGAAGUCUGAACUUACUAGAGACUUCGAAGACCUGGUUCUUGCCAUGCUGAAGACGCCAGCUCAGUUUGAUGCCUCUGAGCUGAGGGAGGCAAUAAAGGGUGCAGGAACUGAUGAGGCGUGUCUGAUUGAGAUCUUGUCUUCACGUUCAAAUGCAGAAAUUCAAGAGAUCAACAAAAUCUACAAAGCUGAGUAUGGAAAGAAAUUGGAGGACGCCAUCAUCAGCGACACCUCCGGUCACUUCCGCAGACUGCUCGUCUCUCUUUCUCAGGGAAAUCGAGAUGAGAGGGAGACUGUCGACGUCUCAUUGGCCAAACAGGAUGCUCAGAAAUUGUACGCGGCUGGUGAAAAUAAAGUGGGAACGGAUGAGUCCCAGUUUAAUGCCAUCCUGUGCGCUCGAAGCAAGCCCCACCUUCGUGCUGUCUUCCAUGAGUACCAGCAGAUGAGCGGGAGAGACAUUGAAAAGAGCAUCUGUAGGGAAAUGUCUGGAAAUCUGGAGUCUGGAAUGGUGGCUGUGGUCAAAUGCAUUAAGAACACUGCAGCCUACUUUGCUGAAAGACUCCAUAAGGCCAUGAAGGGAGCAGGGACUAAAGACACGACACUCAUCCGUGUCAUGGUGUCCCGCUCUGAGGUGGACAUGCUGGAUAUCAGACAGGAGUAUCUCAAGGCCUAUGGGAAGUCACUGUACACUGCCAUCUCUAGUGAUACUUCAGGGGAUUACCAGAAGCUGCUGUUGAAGCUGUGCGGCGGAAACGACUAAACUGAAUGAAAAUGCACCUCAGAUGGACAACAUACACGUCCGCACUUAAACAAUCCUAUAAAUCCUAUAUCAUCCCUGAUGCAUGCCGCAAAUGCCUUUAGCAAAUCAAUUUUGAUUUUAUAUUUUCAUAUAUAUAUAUUUAACAUGAUUUUUGAUAUAUUCUUAGGUGCUGUAGGUUAGUGAACAAUCUGAUAAAGAAGAAACAGGAGACUUAUGUGAUUUGUGCCACAACAUUUCCUUGAUAAUUAAAAUUUAACCUAUAUGUAUGCUUUAGUAAAACGCAUUGCAUCCCAGAUAAUAAGAAUAUAUUGAUGUUUAGUUGCACCGUAAGGCUUUAAACCUAAACUUUGCAUAGGUUUGGUUGUUCUGAAAAAUCAUUGAGAAAAGAAUGAAUACUAACUGCAGCCUCUGUGCCUUUUUAGUAUUAAUGAUAUUUAGAAACUCCGUGGAGGUUAUAGCAGUGUCAUCAAAAUGAAUGUAUGAGACUCCCGAAGAGAGAAGUCAUCUGAUUAGAUUAAUAUUAGGGCAGCGUAUGUUUACAGCAGUCAUUUAAACUAAUGAAAUGAAAAACCUGCAAAUAUCUUUUCCUUUUCGCUUUUGUUCUUUCAGCAUCUGGACUUUUCCUGCUUCUAAGCCUCUGCGAGUAAUCUUUGUAUGUUUUUCUGUAACUGUUUAACUUUUACAGCAACAUUGCUUUACUCGUUGCCAAGAAGCCAAAGACUAAAGAUGGAGCAUGUUUUAUGUUUUAUUGCAUCUUCCUCUUUGACCUGUUUGAGGAAUGGUAAAGCCUUAAAAUCCUCUCAUAACCCUUUGAUAUAACAGCCAAAAUAUAAUUUUUUUUGUUGGGUAAAAAAAUAAAAUCAUUAUGCUUUG